CAGAAUACUUUUACAGUUUUGAAAUUUGAUGAAAAUACUUAGUUCUUGUAUAAUCAGUGCAAAAAUCUGGAUCCCAAGUGAAGUUCUCGAGAGAAGAAGUCAGUUAUCAAGAAAGGAGUGAGAUAUAUUUACAUUUGUGAAACAUUGUUCAGGUUACUUUUCUACUAAUGAAACUUACUUCUCUUUCUUUUGCAUUUGAAAAUGAAGUCAAGUAUAGGUUUGUUGAUCUUUCAUUCAGGACACUUUUUCUAAUUCCGAUCUUCGAUUUCAUUGGAAAAUGGAAAGGAUGAUAAUAAAUGUGAUGCGAUAAUGUUAGAGUCAUGAAUUUGUUGGAAUAACAUGGGAAAACAUAUAUGUAUAUUUAAUCGGAAUAUGAACCAUAUGCAUUCUCAGUUCUUUUCUCUUCCCAUAGUUAAGCUUUUUCUUGACAUACAUUCUAAAAUGAGGUAAAUGAUGUAGUUGGAUCUAUGGAUGUGAUAAGGAGAAAUCUGCAGGAGUUAAUAAUAGUAGACAGGUUUACACGUUCAAUUAUUCGAGUAGCAUGGGACACGUAUCCCUUAUUUACAUUGGUAUUUGCGUUUGUUCUUUGUCUCUACUCGUAAAAGGCAUAGGUUAGCCAGUCUUGUCGAGCCAUCGAGGGAGAGAGAUAAAUGGUUCGUACUGUUUAUGAAGCGACGGCGUAUCCUGGAUUGUUUACUUGUUAUCCCUGUUUGAAGUUUACGAGUUCUUGAAAUCCCAUCUUUUUGCUGUUAGAUGAAGAUAAUAUUGGAUUAUUUCUUGAUCAUCUGCAAAAAUCCCUAGUUGUUAACAAAUCACAAAGUAAUUUCAUUGGUGAAAGGAUUCAAUUUGCUAAUGAGCAAAUUAAUUGAAGGGUUAUUUCAUUUAAGUCUGUUACAUUUUAACUGGUGGCUAGAUUAAGAAUUUUAGCAGAUCAGCCAAAUAGAUGAAUGAAUUGCUAUAAUGGAAAAAUAGGCUUUUGGAGUCUGCAACUUUACAUGAGGUUUAUACAUGAUAUUUGAUCAGUUUAUUGUGUUUGAUGCUUGAAUCAGAUCAUGGAUAAUAACAGACUUGACAGUAUGCCAGAUUAAGAAAUCUGAGCAGUGUUUACACUAGUUUUUAACGAUGUUUUGUGCAGGUUGCAUUACGACCAAGGAGCUGGGAACUGUGAUGAGAUCUCUGGGGCAGAAUCCCACAGAGGCAGAGCUCCAGGAUAUGAUAAACGAGGUGGAUGCUGACGGUAAUGGAACCAUUGAUUUCCCGGAAUUUUUGAACCUUAUGGCCAGGAAGAUGAGGGACACCGACUCUGAAGAGGAACUCAAGGAGGCAUUCCGUGUUUUUGACAAGGACCAGAACGGGUUCAUCUCUGCUGCCGAGCUGCGCCAUGUCAUGACAAACCUUGGCGAGAAACUGACUGAUGAGGAAGUUGAUGAGAUGAUUAGGGAGGCCGAUGUUGAUGGCGACGGGCAAAUCAAUUAUGAAGAGUUUGUCAAGAUUAUGAUCGGCAAGUGAUUUCCGCAGCUUAACUAAACAU